AUGAAUUUAAUUGAAAUAUAUAUUGAUGGAAUUAAAUUUUCGUAUUCUCUGAUUAUUUUAAUAUUCACAAUUUUAAUUUGGUUUAGUUUUAGCAAAUUUAAAAAAGGUGAAAAUGGGUUUUCUCUUGUAGCAGAUAAAAAUUUAAAGUGUCACUCUGAUUAUAAAAUGACGAUUUGUAUAAGACAAGGUGCUUAUAAAAAAGCGAUAAAAAAAUAUCCCAAGAUGGUAGAAAGCUGGGAGAGAUCCGGGCAAGCUAAAGUUGUGCUAAAAGUAUCUCCCAAAGAAUUAUUUGAAUCUGAGAGGAGAGCAAAAGAAAAAAAUAUUACAAGCUGUUUAAUCAAAGAUGCUGGAAGGACACAGAUUUCACCAGGAGAAUAUACUGCAGUUGCAAUUGGCCCUGGAUUUUACAAUAAAGAAAUAAUUAUGUCACUAAAUAUUCUUCCUUUUCAAAUACUAUUUAAUGGAAAAUUACCGAAGAAAAAUCCUUUCAACCAGCAUGAUCAAAGUAUAAAAUCGCCGGCAAAAUUUGGUGAAAAAGUAAUUAAUUCGAAUAUAAGUGCAUCUUUUCGUGGAAGGAGACUUAAUGGAAGAAUGAUUGAUAUUAGUAAAUCAAACCAUUCAAUAUUAAUUUUAUCUAAGAAUGAUUCAAGAAAAGAAUUAGAUAUAAAUAUUGAAAAAUCUUUGAAUCAAGUAACAUACUGGAAUUAUGAUGACGAAAUUAAAAAUUUUGACGACGUUCCUCAAUUUCUGAAUGCUAUUCACUAUUUCAAUACUCUGAAUAGAGAAACUUAA